UGUCAUUUAUCUCUUUUGUUAAAUGGCGCCUUGCCAAACAACUAGCGCCUCUAGCGCCCAUACUCUGUAAAGAGCAAGUUCAACUACAUACGCCUGUUCUCUGUUAUCCUACUGCAGACUGCCGGGUCCAGGAGCAAAGAUUCCCGGCUCUUUCUCUCUCUCCAAGUUACUUCCAUUUUUGUCUUACGCAAUUGCGGCCGAAUUUUGCUGAUAUGGCCAGCGUAUUACGUGUUUCCUUAAACAUCCAGGGGCAGGUCCAAUCGCCCCUGCUCUGCUCGAUUCGUGGGCUCCGCACUUAUGCAAGACCACUCCGCAAGGACGCUAAGGAUGCUAAGCCUGCUGAACCGAUUAAAGGCAUUCCUUACAAAAAUCUAUCCAUCGGUGUACCCAAAGAAAUUUGGACUAAUGAACGAAGAGUUGCUCUGACUCCCACUGUGACUGCGGCACUAGUCAAGAAGGGCUUCACUGUCAACAUUGAAUCAGGGGCUGGUAUUGAAGCUCGUUUCCGCAAUGAUGACUACGCAGCUGCAGGAGGAAAACUCACUGACAAGAACACUGCCUUUAAAUCUGACAUUGUUUUGAAAGUGAGACAGCCAGUGGAAUCUGAAAUUGGUUUACUGAAGGAACAUGGCAACAUCAUAUCAUUCCUUUAUCCUGCCCUUAACAAACCCCUGGUUAGCAAAAUGGCUGAAAGGAAGCUGACGGCUUUUGCCAUGGAUUCUGUCCCUCGUAUCUCACGAGCACAGGUUUUCGACGCUCUCAGUUCAAUGGCAAAUAUUGCUGGUUAUAGGGCAGUAGUCGAAGCCGCAAACCAUUUCGGUCGUUUCUUUACCGGCCAAAUCACGGCCGCCGGUAAAGUGCCACCUGCUAAAAUUCUAGUCAUCGGUGGUGGUGUUGCCGGUUUGGCUGCCAUUGGCCAAGCCAAAAACAUGGGAGCCAUUGUACGUGCAUUUGACACCCGAGCAGCCGUGAAAGAACAAGUCGAGUCCAUGGGUGCCGAAUUUCUUGAAGUUAACAUUAAGGAAUCCGGAGACGGAGCUGGUGGAUAUGCCAAAGUCAUGUCCAAGGAAUUCAUUGAGGCUGAAAUGGCUCUGUUCGCCAAACAGGCCAAGGAAGUCGACGUUAUCAUCACCACCGCUUUGAUUCCUGGUCAAAAAGCACCAACCCUGAUCACCAAGGCCAUGAUCGAUUCGAUGAAACCCGGCUCAGUCGUUGUCGACUUGGCAGCUGAAGCCGGUGGCAACAUCGAGACCACCAAACCAGGAGAAAUUUACACUUACAACGACGUAGUCCACAUUGGCUUGACUGAUUUCCCUAGCCGUUUGCCAACCCAAGCGUCCACUCUCUACGCCAACAACAUUUCCAAAUUCUUCCUCUCCAUCGGUGAGAAAGAUCACUACAACAUCAACUUGGAGGAUGAAGUUGUUCGCGGAUCUAUCGUCUUGAAGGACGGUCAACUCCUGUGGCCCGCACCCCCUGUGGCCGUUUCCGCCCAACCUCAAGCGGCGGUUAAAGUUGCGGAAAAAGUAGCCCCUCCACCACCAGACUACUUCAACCUGACCCUUAAAGACGCUUUGGCGUACACGGGAGGACUUGGCACGUUGAUGACACUUGGCAUCAACGCUCCCAAUCCCGCAUUUACCACUAUGACGACGACACUUGGCUUGGGCUGCAUUGUCGGAUACCACACUGUGUGGGGAGUUACCCCGGCCCUCCACUCGCCACUCAUGUCCGUCACCAAUGCUAUUUCUGGUAUUACCGCGGUGGGUGGUCUCCUCCAAAUGGGUGGCGGUUAUUUCCCAUCCAAUACUGCCCAGACUUUGGCUGCCAGCGCUGCUUUCAUUUCGUCAAUCAACAUUUUUGGUGGCUUCUUGGUCACCAAGCGGAUGCUUGACAUGUUCAGGAGACCCACUGACCCUCCCGAGUUUUACUAUUUGUACGGAAUUCCAGCCUCCGUCUUCCUCGGCAGCUACGGCUGGGGAGUACACAUGGGAUACCCUGAAGUACAUCAGAUGGCAUACCUUGCAUCCUCCCUUUGCUGCGUUGGUGCAUUGGCCGGCCUCAGCUCGCAAAAGACAUCGCGCAUUGGAAACAUUCUAGGCCAGAUUGGUGUCUCCGGUGGUAUCGCUGCCACUUUGGGAUUGAUGAGCCCCAACAUGGACACCCUCACCCAAAUGGCUGCCUGCAUGGGUGUCGGUGGUGUUCUCGGUACGACUAUCGCCAAGAAAAUUGAAAUCACUGACCUUCCGCAAUUGGUUGCCGCUUUCCACUCGUUGGUCGGUGCCGCUGCCGUCCUCACUUGCUUGAGUACUUACAUCGUCGAUUUCCCGCACUUUGCCACCGAUCCUGCCGCCAAUGUCAUCAAGUCAGCUCUAUUCUUGGGUACAUUCAUUGGUGGAGUCACCUUCAGCGGAUCGCUCAUCGCUUACGGAAAACUGCAGGGUAUGCUCAACUCGUCUCCCCUUCUGCUUCCUGGUCGUCACGCUUUGAACAGUGGACUUAUGCUCGGCAAUGUCGCUGCCAUGGGCUACUACUUUUACGACCCCUCUUUCGUGGCCGGUAUGUCAAUGUUGGGAACCACCACAGCCCUGUCGACCAUCAUGGGUGUCACUUUGACCGCCGCUAUCGGAGGAGCUGACAUGCCUGUUGUCAUCACCGUCCUCAACAGCUACUCUGGCUGGGCUCUGUGCGCCGAAGGUUUCAUGUUGAACAACAACUUGAUGACCAUCGUCGGUGCCCUUAUCGGCUCUUCCGGUGCAAUCCUGUCCUACAUCAUGUGCAAAGCCAUGAACCGCUCCUUGCCCAACGUUAUUCUCGGCGGUUACGGCACGUCUUCCACUGCCGGAGGUAAGCCAAUGGAAAUCACUGGCACUCACACUGAAGUCAACGUUGAUGGCACCGUCGAGAUGAUCACCAAUGCCAAGAACAUCAUCAUCACUCCAGGUUACGGUCUUUGCGUCGCCAAGGCUCAAUACCCCGUCGCCGAAAUGGUUGCCCUUUUGAAGAGCAAGGGAAAGAAUGUCAGAUUCGGAAUUCACCCAGUCGCCGGACGUAUGCCUGGUCAAUUGAACGUUCUCCUAGCCGAAGCCGGAGUCCCCUAUGAUGUCGUGUUGGAGAUGGAGGAAAUCAACGAUGACUUCAAGGAAACCGACUUGGUACUCGUCAUUGGAGCCAACGACACUGUCAACAGUGCCGCUGAAGAAGAUCCCAAUUCCAUCAUCGCAGGCAUGCCCGUCUUGAAAGUGUGGCUGUCCCAGCAGGUCGUCGUCAUGAAGCGUUCGAUGGGUGUCGGUUACGCCGCCGUAGACAAUCCUAUUUUUUACAAACCCAAUGCUUCCAUGUUGUUGGGUGAUGCCAAGAAGACUUGCGACGCUCUGCUCAGCAAGAUCAAAGAUCAUUACGAAUCGCAAUAGAUCCUAACUUACUGUGCAUCCCACAUAUUCGUUCCCUUCUCUCGUGUAGUUGAUCAACUUCGUUUGAGCAGAUAAGGAGCGACUGUGUGUUCCUUGUGUUAGAAAAAACAAAUCAAGUGCAAAAAAAUUACAGUAAUGGUGGUGUCUUGAUAAAAGGAGACACUAGUACCGAAAAUACAAAAACACGUUGACCAACGUGCCUGUCACUCGCUAACGAUGGCUGGCGGGGUAACGCAA